GAACACCAAAUAAUCGAACAGAACAAUAUUUAGAGGUACAUACUGGGCGUUUGUGCAAUAUAGAAACGCAUUUUAGUCCGAGAGGAAGGUAGAACAAACGCAAUCCCAAAACAAUUGCUGGGCACCGUGACAUAAUCAACCGAAAAAAAAAAACAAAAAACAAACCAAAAACUAAGAACAUUUAAGUGCUUUAAAAAUAAAACAGCAGCAGCAAGAACAAAUUUGUCGAAUACAAAAAAACAUCAAACAAAACAAAAAGAGUGUUAAGAUGUGCGCGAUCUGCGUCGGUCUGAAUUUGUUUAAACAAAACACGAUGCAAGAUACCAGAGCCAAACUGUUUUAUUGACCCCCCGCCAACGGUGGCGAGUAAAUAAUUCGGAAUUAUAUUAAAUGGGAUAAGAGCCAGCCGCCAACCAGCCUAGCAGCUGUAAAACGUCCAAAAAGUUGAUAGUGAACUUUGCACUUUUCCAUCAAGUUUGCAAUUACCGAGGCGAAAGAUAUUUUUAAUAGACAUAGCGGAUGGAUAGAGGAGCCUAGUGCAACAGUCACUCAUACACAGAAAGAAAUUAAGACUGGUUGAGAGCUAAGGGACAAAAUAAAGUACAUUUUAUUUGAGGUCUUCGCAGACUUUCCAAAAAAUGGUUUUUAAUGUGAAGUUAAAAAAUAAUGAGUUAGGUCUUAUUGAUUUUAAAGAUGGAAAUUAAGAGUGUAAAUUUAAUUAUGUCAGUUUUUUAUGUUAGGUACACAUUAAUGAAUGAAUAUAUCCAUUUUUUUUCUUGUGUACUCGGAGGCGAAGGAGAAGAAGACAACGCAGCGGCCAAGCAAAUCAAAACAAAAACUCAAAACUAACAAAUGGAGCACACACGUGUGUGUCGGUUAGUGUGUGUGCCACAUAGAUACGAACUAUAUCUAUAUGUGCGCCACAGAUCGGCGGGGAUUAUUCAUCAGGCUGCCACAUCAUCAUCAUGUUGAUCUCCGCGCCGCUGCGGCGUCUCCUUCUGCUGCCCUCCAUCCUCAACUUUCCGCUUAGCUGGCGUUUUCUAUAAUUUUCGAAAGCUAUUUUCGUAAGGCUUGCAUUUAUAUUUAGUUGCCACAACAAAACUCAUGGCGAAAAUCCAAGACACAAAAUUGUACGUGAUACAAUUUUGGCCAUAUGAUGCGAGCCAAAAUAAAAGUCAACUGGGGUGGAAAACUUUUCCCCUUAGUUUUUCCAACACGCAUGUGCGGUUGUAUGUGUGUGUUGUUCGAUACAGUGAAAGCUAAGUCAGAGAUUAACGAAGAUGUGAAAAUUAAUGGAAAACUGAAGCGAAUUAAAAAUGUAAUCAAAUCGAAUGUGAUUAUCGGAGAUCAGAGAUGAAUCUGUUAAACGAGGUCUGUGAAUUCAAUUUGCGAUGCAUCUACGCCCUGGCCGGGGUUUCACUGUACAGGCACCAGCGUCACACGUACGCUGUGUACUAGGUAUAACGCCCGACUGCGCCAAUUUACGUGCGUCGUCGUCUAUUUUUUAAAAAUAAAAACAGAUUUCGAGCGGAACACAGAAAGGCAGGGAAAAAGACUCCCAAUGAACCCCACCGAGAUAUCACACAUCAGCCAAAACGAUCUCUCCAGGGAUAUUCAUAUGUUCACAUCGCAAUAUAUCUAGGGCAAGGUGCAGGUCUUUUGGCUAGAAUCGCAAAGUGGGUAGGCGGAGGUGUUUCGAUGAGGCGGCGCCGCGAUCAAUGAGCUCAUUGCUGUUUACGAUUUGUAAUUUGUAUAUGCUCUAUAUACCAAAACAAAUUGGGGGUGCUAUAUGCUUGUACUACACCCACAUAUAAGUCGGAUGUAUAUGGGCGCCAAAAGGAAAAGUCUUUGGUCGAAUGACGACCAUUGGUUCAAUUAGUAAGUCAAGUCGCCGCCGACCAUUUGCCAAAAUGCCAAUGAGACAUUGACAUUGAGCGUGCGAUCGAUUGUUCCGUUCCUAUCCGAUCCGAUCCAAUCCGAACAGAACCAAUACGAACUGAUCCGAUUUUGUGCAGGUUUCCUUUGUGGCCAGCACUGGCAGCCGCGCGAGUCUCGCCCAGCUAGUCGAACCCAAAGCAAUUCGCGGGAGUCGCCAGUGCAAUAUUAGAUAACCGAGUACUUUUUUCCCCUUGGGACCCAGAAAGCACACUGACUAGGACACGGAGACACAAUCACCAAUCACCCAGCCUGCGGUAUGUCCAACGAACUCAGCGAACUGAUCGCCCUCGGCUGUCCGGAUCUCACGGCCCAGAAGCCGCAGGGCGCCAGCACCAAGGUAGAGUUGAUUCUCAACACGGAGCGCCGUCUGAGCAUUAAGCAGAUGACUGCCACGGAUUUGGCCGCUCUACGGGCAGCAGCCGCUGCCGAGGCAGAGGCCCGAUCUCGGGCCCAGGCGGAGGCGGAAGCUCGAGCCAUCGCCCAGGAACAGUUGCGCCAGGCCCGCGAGGCCGAGUCCAAGGCGAGGGCACGUGCUGCCCUCGAGGUGCAGGCCCAGUUGCAGCGGGUGAUGGAGAGCGAGAAGCGCAGGCAGAAGGAGGAGGAAGAGCAACAGAAUGAGCAAGAUGAAGAGGAGGAGGAAGAUGAGGAUGAGGAUGAGGAGGAGGAGCUGGCCAAAGGUAGCCUGCCCUCCAACUCAGGCCCAAGGGAGCGCGUUGCAUCGCUGCCCGGCAACAUCGAUGAUGCCAUGGAGAUGCACCUGCUUAGCGUGUCGCAGCCCAAGGCCUCGUCCAAGGAUGACUCCCCGCCCAAGAAGAGCACCUCCCACCUGGCCGACUCUAUUGAGCUGCUGCGAAUGCAGCGGGCUGCCCGCAGUGCCCGUUCCCACAAUCGAAGUCGCGAGCGGGAGCGCUCUAUUUCGCCAGACCGCAAUCACGAACGAAGCGCUGCUCCCGAUCGCCUCCAGAGUUCGGCGAGCAUGAGCAGUCUGGAGUCUGCCAGCGUCAGUGCCUCGGCUUCAGGCUCACGACAGCCCAGCAAGGCAGCCAGUCGACGUGGCAGCACCUCCAGUGCCUCUGGGGUGGAACCGCCCGGGGCCUCCGCUCCACAGUCGACCAAGUUUCCCCUCGCCAAGACGGUAUCAGCUCCGAAUGUAAUGAAUCGUCGGCGUAGCAGUCUCACCUCGCUUUUUCCUGGACCCUCGCCUUUGGUGGCACCCGAGCCAUCUCUGCAUACGGAUCCCGAUCCAAAGGUUCAGCAGCAGAUAGAAGAGGAGCAGCGGCGGGGGCGAAUGGACGAUGGUUACCGUGAGAUACCCACCGGAAAAAUGGUGCAUCGCACCAAGACACCGCCGCCAGUGGGCACCAAUCUGGGAGUGAGCUUAAAGCGAGUGACCGCGCCCAGUGGAUCCAUAACCAUUAAGCCAAAGGAGUCGCCCAUGCUGGGAGUUGUUUUGCGUAGAGUGGAGAAGAAAGUAGUGCCCCAGAAGAGCAUUCUGGACGACGAUAAGCCACUGUACCACUUUUCCAUUGUGCGCAGCGACCACAAGGAGCAUGUGCCCGACAAGAAACCGAAACCCAAGCCUGCUCCCCCAGCUGUCAAGCCAAGUCCCGGUGGCAUCCUCACCGGACCUCAAGUAGUCCGCACCGCACCCAGGCAACCAGUGCCCGCCAAGCCGCAGCGUCCCAUGCCCGGCGUGCCCAUCACGAUUACCAAGAUCGAGGGCGACAAGAUCAUCAUCAUCAAGAAGAUCAUAGUGCCGAAGAACAGUAAGAUACCGGAGCAGUAUCUGCAGAUGAGUGAAGAUGCCGGCAAGCCAGCUAUUGCAGUGCCACCAACGGUUUCCUCCUCCUCCGCCGCCGUCGCAGCGUCUCCGAUUCUAAGAACCAAAGAGGAAUCCCAGCCAGCCAUGCAGAAACCAACGCCGCCGCCGGCCAGUGGUCAGCAAUUCUUCCAGGUGGUCUCCCCGCAAUUCGCCUCGGUGCUGUCUUCCAGCAUCCCCGAGAGCAAAUGUGCCGUGCGUUCGCCCAUAUCUUCGCCCUUGGCCAUCCGCAAAAGCCGUCCACCUCUGUUGCCGGCGAGUCCCAAGUCCACGCCUCCGCUUCCGCGGAAGCACCAUCCGCUUGCGUACAAUGCGGCCACGGGAACCAUCAGUAGUGCCUCGGCAGCAGCGCUUCCUUCUCGUCUCAUGGCCACCAUCGCCUCGAGUCCGGCUUCGAGUAUAUCGCUGUCCUCCUCCAGUUCACCUUCAUCAUCGCCACCUCCGCCAGUGCCAUGUCGGGCUCCAAAGAAUGCCAAUGCCAAUGCCAAUGCCAAUGCCAGUAAACCUGCUGCUCCGUCUAACGAGAUCAGUCUGGACAAGUUGCUGCAACAGCAACAGGAGCUGGAGGAGAAGUCGGCCGCAGCCACAAACAGCGCCAAGUUGGAUGCGAACUUCUAUGAUGCGGAGAUCGAGAUGAUGAACAAGUAUCUGAAGAGUUUGCCCGACUACAGCGAGCUGGACAGGAAGCUGCACCAGGAGUUCCAGGAGUGCGAAGAUCUCUACGACAGGAUCAAGCGUCAGCAACAGCCGCUGGCCAAGUCCAAUUCGCAGCAGUCUGUGACGAAGACAGCGCCAGGGUCGGGAGUCCAGCCUGCCAGCUCCUCCGGUCUAUCCAAGUCUUCUUCCAUCAACUUUGCCCAAAACCACCCAAGUAGCAGUCGAGGAGCUGCCCCGCGUAUGGCAUAUCCCUCCAUAUUCUCGCAGUCUGGAGGCGAACCAAAGCUGCAGCGCAGCAUUUCCAGUUCAAAUAUGCCGCUUAGUGCGCCGACGCCCUUGCGUCCGCUACCCGCAAAGAAUGGAUUGCAAAGUGGUUCCAAUCUGUCCCUCAACAAGCAGUUGAUGAACGAAUUCUGGAGCGAAAAUCUUACGAGUUCACAGAAGCGUCAGACACCCAAGCGCACCUUCUGGAACUACGAGAAGAUCUGCGGUGCGCAACUGGGCGAUGCCGGGCAGCCUUUUAAAGUGGAUGCCAAGACAGCCAAGAAACUGGCCAUAUUCGAUCCCACAGUGGCGGAGGCGGCGCAGAAGGAGCUGCAGCGACCUCAACAGCCGCAGGUCGGUCAUCAUUAUCCCCACCACAAGCUGCAGAAGAACGCCUCGCUGUCGCACCUGGAUCUCAAAGUGCGUCAGGCGGUGACCAAGGAAGAUCUCUACAAGCUCAUCUGCAACGAGCAAUCUCCAUCGGCGAGCACGAGUUUUGUGAGCAGAGUGCCGGUGAAGCAGCAACCGCCAGCGCAGCAGCAACAGGUGCUGCCCAAGAGCGUUUCCAUGACGCACGUGCCGGGUGGUGGUGGUGGUCAACCCAUGGCAGCAGCUCCACUGCUGAGGACUUCCAGUCGCACGCACAUACCCUGCUACAUGAAGAAUCUGCCCUCAUUGAGCAGGAGCACCUCGAACUCUGCGAUACUGAUGACGCAACCGCGCAAGGAAGCUCCAUCCAAAGAGCCACCUAAGGCUGCUGCUCCACCGACUGUUAGCAAACCCAGUGGAGUUUUGAAAAGCUCCAGCAGUUCCUGUGUCCCAUCGCCUCGCUGUGCCGCCGCCUUCUUCCGCCGGCCGCAGGAGUCCAGCCAUGCGCAGCAGCAGCAUCAACAGCCGCUGCAGCAACCGCAACACGUGGCGCCCAUCGACGAGUCCGGCCCAGGGGAUUCCGCCUCUCUAGAGCGCAAGUCGGAGAAGAGCAACAGCACGAUAAGCACGAGCAGCUUUACGGUGACCAACUGUUGCACCACCCACCUGCCGCAGCUCUCCAAGUUUACCUCAUCGUUCCACAUUGCCCCCACCAACACGGCCACAACCACAGCGUCAGCAGUCACACCAACACCAACUGCAGCCGCAAUACCAAGCGACCACCAGCAGCAGCAGCAGCAGCAGCAGCAGCAUCAACAGCAGCAACAAAGUGGCGCAGCGGUGGCGGCGAUGGCUGCCAACUUGGAGGUGCCAACAUCGUCAUCGUUGUCAGCGGCCACAAAGCGCCAGAAAGAUGUCGACAACAAGCUAGAAAAAUGCCUGAACGACAUGCUAAAGUUGAAGACCAGCAACAACAGCAACAGCAAUAGUACUAGCAACAGCAAUAAUAAUGCAAUCAUGUCGCAGUCGCUGACAGGGGAGCACAAAGACCCGAAGACUGCAGUCGAAGGCCCCACGAUCAGCACCAGCAGCAGCAGCACCGGCAAGUACGUGGGUGAGUCUCAGAUCCCCGUGCCAGUGCAGCUCUACGAUCCGCAGAAGCCGCUGCUCCAACAACAGCACCAUCAGCAGCAGCAGCAGCAGCAACAAAGGAUUUGCUAUCCCAUAGGAAAGUCGAACUCUACCUCACAGCUGCCCAUGGGUGGCUAUCAGCGAUUGCUGCAGCAGCAGCAGCAACAACAUCAGCAACAACAACUACAACACCAGGAACAGCAGCAAUAUCCGCAACACAAGCGACCCUUCCUGAAUUGGAAUAGCUUUGCAUGUUCGGCCAUAAAUGGAGCAAGUGAUCCCUUCAUGCAGCAGCAGCAGCAGCAGCAAAUGCCUGUCCAGCAGCAACAGCAUCUGCCCCACAAGCUGCAACAGUCGUACUCCUCGUCGCAUGUGCCCAAGCAGGCGCCCAAAUCGGGACUGGCCAUGUUUCUGCAAAAGAACACCAACAAGGAGAACAAGUUUGGCCAGCCGCUGCAGCACCAGCCGCCCGGAAUGAUGCCCCAGAUGUACGGCUACCAGGCGCCCCAGCCGCAAUCCAAGAUGGGCUAUCCGCGCACCGGUGCCCCACUGACGCAUUCGGCCUCCUUCAGUUCCGCCCAGAGGCCAACAGCCCUGCAGUUCCACCAGCAACAUCAGCAACAUCAGCAGCAGCAGCAGCAGCAACAACAGCAACAUCAACACCCGCAGCAUUCCAACUUUGGGCUGGGCAUGAUGACUAGGAAUUACUACAACUUGCCCAAGCAGCCAGAGCGCAAGCCGCUGCAGACCUUCGAUCCGUAUGCCUAUCCCAAGCCGAAUCAGAUGCAGCCGGUCAAGUACCAGCAGCAACAGCAGCAACAGCAGCAACAACACCAACAGCAGCAGCAACCGCAUCCGCAUACGCAGUUUCUGAAUGCUUCCGCUGGAGGUGGAGGUGGAGGUGGCGGUGCCGCUGGGCUUCAAUACGAUCCAAAUACAAAUACGCAAUUGUUUUACGCGUCGCCGGCAUCAUCGUCAUCGAACAUGCAACCGCAGCAACCACAACAGCAGCAACAGCAGCAGCAGUCGCAGCUACAACAAAGCAAUUCUGUCAUAUUCAAUCACUCAAGCCAGCAACACCAACCACAUCAACAACAACAGCAGCAGCAGCAACAGCAGCAGCAGCAACAGAAUGAAAUGUCCAAGUCCGCAUUGGGACUGCAUUUCAUCGAGACAGCAAAGCCCGUCAUUCAAGAUGAUGCUGAUGGUCACUUAAUUUACCACACCGGAGACAUUCUCCAUCACAGAUAUAAGAUCAUGGCCACACUGGGCGAGGGAACUUUCGGACGUGUGGUCAAGGUCAAAGACAUGGAGCGUGAUUACUGCAUGGCCUUAAAGAUCAUUAAGAACGUGGAAAAGUACCGUGAAGCUGCCAAGCUAGAGAUAAAUGCCUUGGAAAAGAUUGCCCAAAAGGAUCCGCAUUGCGAUCAUUUGUGCGUGAAAAUGAUUGACUGGUUUGAUUAUCAUGGACACAUGUGUAUAGUCUUUGAAAUGUUGGGGCUUAGUGUUUUCGAUUUUUUGCGUGAGAACAACUAUGAGCCAUACUCGCUGGACCAAGUGCGCCACAUGGCCUACCAAUUAUGCUACUCUGUGAAAUUUCUUCAUGACAAUCGUUUAACGCACACAGAUCUCAAGCCGGAGAACAUACUCUUCGUCGAUUCGGAUUAUACUGCUCACUAUAAUCAUAAGAUUAACCGCGAGGUGCGCCGCGUCAAGAACACGGACGUUCGUCUCAUUGACUUUGGGUCGGCCACCUUCGACCACGAGCACCACAGCACAAUUGUCUCGACGCGACAUUAUCGCGCGCCCGAGGUCAUACUGGAGCUGGGGUGGUCACAGCCAUGUGAUGUUUGGUCAAUUGGCUGCAUCUUGUUCGAACUAUAUCUGGGCAUCACGCUCUUCCAAACGCACGACAACCGCGAGCACCUGGCCAUGAUGGAGCGAAUCUUGGGGCAAAUACCAUAUCGCAUGGCACGCAAUCACACUCUUUAUAGCAAAACCAAAACAAAGUACUUCUACCACGGUAAGUUGGAUUGGGAUGAGAAGUCCAGUGCCGGUCGCUACGUCCGCGAUCACUGCAAGCCGUUGUUCCUGUGCCAGCUGAGCGACAGCGAGGACCACUGUGAGCUCUUCAGUCUGAUCAAGAAGAUGCUGGAGUACGAGCCCUCGUCCCGCAUCACGUUAGGUGAAGCCCUGCGGCAUCCGUUCUUCGACAGGCUGCCACCGCACCAUCGAGUGGGUGAGGUGAGCAACAAGCAGCCACUAUCGUCGGGCAGCAGCAGCCGCGAGCGCUCGCACAGCCUCUCCAGAUGAGAAUUACAGCGAUUUGGUUAUUGUUGACAGACGGCGCUUGUCAAGCACCCACUCAUGCAAGCAUACACUCAAAGCAGUCGUCCAGCAACGGAUUGCACCAGCCUCGUAGGGUAGACCAGCAACUUUACGGCAGAACCCUAUUUUAAGUGCUAAAGUCUUUUAUUCUAAAUUUUUUUGAACUUGACUUGUAUAGAUGUUUAUUAUACAAAAAUCCAUUGAUCCCAUAUUGAUCCCAUAUUGAUCCAGUGUUUCCCAAUAUUUCCCAAUAUUUCGCGCACAUGUUGCUGUGCAUCAUUUAGAGCUGUGUAGCGCUACGCUUGCGCUUUGUGCAUUGUACCAUACCCGCAAACGGUGUUUUGUUCUGUUAUGAUAACCAAAUCGUGUAUAAUAUUGAUAGUGCGGUGCGUCCUCCCAGCACUUGAAUCUAUUUGUAAAUGUCCUGACUUGUGCACACCACCCACAUCCACAUCCCGAGGUAGAGGAGACAAAAUGAACCGACUGCAAGAACCGAUUAAUGGAAUAUACAAAUGUAGUUGUAAAAUAAGAAAGUCGCUCGCUCACACGCUAGUUGAAAUGCAUCCCCAUAUGUACACUGUCAUUGCAAUGGCAGCCGACUAAUUUGUAAUUAAUACACCAUUUCGAGAGCGUGAACUGUAAGCUAAUGCAAGCCAUUAUGUACACCGCCCACGAGUGUACGGAUAAUUGUAAAUGUAAGGAGCAAUUGUUAUGCCGCCCUGUGUACACUUCAGCGAUCGCAGCGCAUUUUGUGUAAAUUCAGUAGCAGCCCAGAGUCAUCUCUCUUAGAAUACGUUUUGAAAUGUGUAGACCCAUCGCCGGCCUGUUUUGUUCGUUUUCGUUUUUAAUCGAAUAUCGAAAGAUCAACCCAUUCACAUAUUGCUACACACAUACACACAUCGUAUGAGCCCCAUAGUAUAUUUAAAUAUACUAUACAUACUUAAUUCAAAUGAUUGUGAGUUAGUUUAAUAUUACAUAAAUAUUAAUUAUAAAUUACAUUAUUUGCAAUUUAACCCGAUCAACCAGCAUAUAAGAUAAAAAAAAAACAAUAUUGUCAAGUUAUUAAAAAUUGAAAUAAAUCUUAAAUAAAAAAGAA